AUGGACGACGGAAUAGUUAGCUACGGAGAGCAUCCAUUGAACCGGUUGAAGUUCUUCCAGUUCGACAAAUCGAACGAUGUGACUCUUUUGCUAAUUCAUGGUGGAGCAUGGAGGGAUCCUAAUAACACAUACAACGAUUUCAAAGAUAUGAUUAGCCAUAUACAAAAGAACCAAUAUGCAGCUAAAUAUAAUCUAAUUGCCAUGAAUUAUAGGUUGUCGCCAGAGGUUAAGCAUCCAUUUCAUUUAUGGGAUGUACUAGAGGGCCUACAAUUUUUGGUGCAAAAUUACGAUAUCCAUAAAAUUCUGAUUGCAGGACAUUCAGUAGGUGCUACCUUAAUGUUGCAAUUACUAGACUACAACAAGAUACUUGAUACAGGCUUUCAGAUCCUCGUGGAGGAUCUGAAAGCCGACAAAAAUCGUACAGAAACAGAUUUGCAUGUUCCACUGAAAAAAGAACGAAUUCUAAUGAAUGAAGCUAUGGAAAAGCUUCAAUUAAGAACGUUCUGCUUUAUUGAUGGAAUCUACGAUAUUACUCAACUAAUUAGCGAAUAUGGAUGUCCUUAUGAAAGCUUUGUCAAUAAUGCAUUUUCAUCUCCUGAACAAUACGCAGAAGCUACACAAUUAUCCUCCUCCACUGUAGAUGUUGGAAGUCCCUUCAGCUACAAUACACAUCUGGCCAACGUUCGGAACGAAUUGAAUCUAGUAAUUCUUCAAUCUAACAAAGAUGAACUUCUUUCGAUGAGACAGACUAAUUUAUUUAUUGAAUACUUGACUCAGAAGAACCUAAACUUCAAACCUUUUGUAGGUGAAUGGGGAGGCCACGAACAUGUAUAUAGACACGAAGACGUAGCCAAUAUAGUGUUAGAUAGCAUAUAA